AAGUUAGAUAAUAGAUAUAGUAGACUCACUCAUGUGUUCUCUCACUCCGUUGACGCACCCAUUGACGCAUUCCAUAUUCACCUGCUCAUCUUUCUAUUGCUGUCGUAUUGCUGAAGCUGCUCAUACAGCAAUGUCCACCAUCACCACCACCACCUCAUCCUUUACAACAACAAUGUAAAAUACAUCAUCCUCGGCAAGUUAGUUUUGGCUUUUACAAACUUCAAUGGCUUGUAGUAUCCUCCAAAGUGGCUCUUCUCCUAAGGUGACAUGGAAAUAUGAUGUGUUUGUGAGCUUUAGAGGCGAAGACACACGCAACAAUUUCGCUGAUCAUCUUUUUGGUUCUCUCAGUAAAAAGAACAUUGUUGUCUUCAGAGAUGAUACACAAAUCAAGAAAGGGGAACAUAUAUCAUCUGAGCUUCAACAGGCCAUUGAAGGUUCCCAUAUUUUAAUUGUUAUCUUCUCAAGAAACUAUGCUUCUUCCACAUGGUGCUUGCAAGAACUCGCAAAAAUUGUUGAUUGCAUUCAAGUAUCAGGACAAACUGUUCUACCUAUUUUCUAUGAUGUUAGUCCAUCUGAUGUAGGGAAGCAAAGGGGAAAUUAUGAAAACGCCUUUCGUGAGCAUGAAGAAAGAUUCAAAGCAAAUUUAGAGGUAGUGCAAAGAUGGAGGGAGGCCUUAAUACACGUAGCCAAACUCUCUGGUUGGGAUGUAAGGGACAAGCCACAAUAUGCAGAGAUUGGAAAUAUUAUUAAAGAGGUAACAUGCUUAUUGGGAAACAAAUCUUCAAGUUUACCCGGCGAUAUAGUUGGGAUGAACUCACCAAUGGAAGAACUAGAAAAGCUUCUAAAUUUGGACUCAAAUGACGAUGUUCGAGUUGUAGGGAUUUGUGGAAUGCCUGGAAUAGGAAAGACAACUCUGGCUACUGCUUUGUAUGCCGAAUUCUCUAAUCAAUUUGAUGCUUGCUGCUUUAUUGUUGAUGUAAGUAAAACUUAUGGAGACCAUGGCUCAAUUGGAGUACAAAAGCAACUUCUAUGUCAAACUCUGAAAGAAGAAAAUCUUCAGAUACACAAUCUUUCUAUGGGUUCAAAUUUGAUCCAAACUAGGCUAUGUCAAAUGAAAUCCCUUGUUGUUCUUGACAAUGUUGAUAAAGCUGAACAACUGGAUAAAUUGGAUAUGAAACGAGAAUGGCUAGGGACAGGGAGCAGAAUAAUCAUAAUUUCUAGAAAUUGGCAUAUCUUAAGAGAGCAUGGAGUAGAUGAAGUAUACAGAGUUCGACUCUUGGAUCGUAAUAAUGCCCUUCAACUUUUUUGCAGGAAAGCUUUCAAAAGUGAUGAUAUCAUGAGUGAUUACAUACACUUGACAGAUGAGGUACUAACAUAUGCCAAUGGCCUUCCAUUAGCAAUUAAAGUGUUGGGCACAUUUUUGUAUGGUCGAGAUGUCUCUGAAUGGAGAAGUGCAUUGGCACGAUUAAGGGAGAAUCCAAAUUUAGAUAUUAUGGGUGUGCUCCGAAUUAGUUUUGAUGGACUAGAUGAUACAGAAAAGGAUAUAUUUCUAGAUAUUGCUUGUUUUUUUAAUAAAAAAGAGGAGACAUACGUGAAGAGAGUUUUAGAUUUUCGUGGGUUUCAUCCUGAAAUUGGUUUAAGAGUUCUCAUUGAUAAAUCAUUCAUAACCUGUGAGAAGGGGAGAAUUUUUAUGCAUGAUUUGUUCAAGGAACUGGGCAAGAGUAUCGUUAGAGAAAAAUCACCUAAAGAACCAAGAAAGUGGAACAGGAUUUGGGACUACAAAGAUGUCCACAAUGUUGUCUCAGAAAACAUGGCAACAGGAAACCUUGAAGCCAUGAUUUUGAGGCGUUAUCCAGAAAAUAUUGAAGAAAUACAGGAUAUGACAACAUUAAAGGCUGAAGCUUUAGCACAAAUGAGACGCCUUAAAUUGCUCAUGCUGUGGAAUUUGAAUUUCUCAGGAAGUCUCAAUUUUCUUUCAAGUGAAUUGGGGUAUCUUUGUUGGGACAAAUACCCUUUCACUAGUUUGCCAUCAAGUUUUCAACCAAAUAAACUUGUUGAACUGAUUCUACCUCACAGCAACAUCAGGCAACUAUGGGAGGGAAGAAAGCCUCUACACAAUUUGACACGGAUUGAUCUCUCUCACUCGAAAAAUCUUAUAAUGAUGCCAAGUUUUUUGGAGAUUCCAAAUCUUGAGUUGCUAGAUCUUGAAGGGUGUAUAAAACUCAUGCAGAUUGAUCCAUCCAUUGGUUUUCUAGAAAGGCUUUUCAAAUUAAAUUUGAAAAAUUGUAAAAAUCUGGUCAGUAUUCCUAACAACAUUUUUAGUAUGAGUUCUCUCAAGCAUCUAAAUCUCUCUGGCUGUCCAAAAUUACUCAAUAAUCAGCUGUUAGGAAGACAAAGACAAAUAGAGCAAUUGGAUAACAAGGAAACUGCCACCCAAUACCAGUCGACAUCACGCAUCCUCAAAGUUCUAAAGCCAUCCUUUCGAUUUUCGUUUUUUCAAAAACAUGAUGAUUCUGUUGGUUUAAUGUUACCUUCGUUGUCUCGUCUGUCGCGUUUGCAAUAUCUUGAUUUAAGCUUCUGCAAUCUUUUUCAAAUCCCUAAUGCUAUUGGGCUGUUACAUUCCUUAGAAAUCCUAAACCUGGGGGGAAACAACUUUGUGACACUACCUUCUAGCAUCAAGGAACUUUCCAAACUUAGACAAUUGAACUUGGAGCAUUGUAAGAAGCUGCAAUUUUUUCCUGAGCUCCCAUCAAAUACUAUUUUGCCAGUAAGAAAAACAUUUUUUGGUAGAUAUGUAGCUGGAUUAUAUAUAUUCGACUGCCCCAGUUUAAUUGAUAUGGAAUGCUGUUAUAGAAUGGCUUUUUCUUGGAUGAUACAACUCCUUCAGGUGCACAUGCAAUCUGAUCUUCCAAUGGGUCAGAUUGAUAUUGUUAUUCCCAGAGCUCAAAUUCCAGUAUGGUUUAGCAAACAAAAUGCGGGCAGUUCGAUAAGCAUGGAUCCAUCACCUAUUAUGGAUGACAAGAAUUGGAUAGGUGUUGCUUGUUGCUUAACAUUUGUAGCGCAUGAUGAUCCAACUAAUUUAGGUGAAGGAUUGUCGCCUCAUAUUGGGUUUGGUUUUCAAAAUAAGCAACGCGGGCGCUUUCCGGUUAUUCCCAUACAUCUUGAAAAAGAUCUGGUUACCGUUGAGUUGGAUCACUUUUUGCUCAUUUUUUUCACUAAGGAAGAGUUUAUUGAUUAUUAUGUGAGUUAUAUAACAAAGGGAUUGCAUGAUAUUAGUGGUAUUGAAUUGACAGCUAUUGUGGAGCAGCCCAUUGGUUUGCACUUAGAGGUUAAAAAUUGUGGUUAUCGCUGGAUAAUUAAGGAGGAUCUGGAACAGUUAAUCCCACAAACAAUUUACAGUGGAAGUGGAAAUUCAUCAGUUCAAAUCAAGUAUGUAACAAAUGAUUAGCCAUAUUGAGCUGAUUAAUGAACAGCCCAGAAAUUCCAUAGAAUCAUUGUUAAAUAUAUUGUUUAAAGAUAGACAUGAUAGAAUAGAUACGACAAUUGAAACAUGUUUAUAAGAAAUAUUUGAUGAUGACUAUUGAUAAUGCACUCAAGUGUCUUAUGCA